CUUCUUUCUUUUCGCCCUCUCCGCCCGUGACCUCGAGGCUCGGGGGCCCCUCUGUCUCCCAGCUGUAGGCCUCUUUGCAGGUGAAGAAGAGAACAAUGGAAUUCGAUGGCGAGAAAAGUGGAAAGGGCACAGGAAUGGUACAAGGCGCGGCGCAAAGAGGAGAAGGAGGAGAGAGGCCCUGGAAGGUGGACCGGCUCAGCGUGGUCCCUUCCUACGUCGACUUCCUGCAUAAGUACCUCAUCACCAAUCGUCCAUGCAUCCUCCCGCGCGCUCUGAUCGAGGACUGGCCGGCCUGGAAGGAGUGGAGAUGCGGGACGACGUCCUGCGCCUCCUCCUCCUCUACCUCUUCUAACAAAGACGUUGCCAAGGAGGAUGCGGAUGCGAAUAUGGAUCUGCGUCUUCAUCGCUCCUUCCUCCUCCUCGCCUCGCGGUACGGAGAGCACGUAGUGCCUGUUGUGGUCCGCAGAGGAGAGGAGGAGGAGGAAAGGAGAGAGAUGAAGCUCAAAGACGCGGUAGAGGAGAUGCGGUGCGCGCGAGCGAGAGGGAGGAGCGUAGCCAAGGGUGCUGAGGGUGGGAGCGAGGAGACGUUGAUCUACAUUAAAGACUGGCAUCUCGUCCGCCUCUCACGCCUAGCAGGGCAGGAGGCGCCCUAUGUCACUCCGGACCUCUUCAGAGAUGACUGGAUGAACAACGACUCGCCCUUAACACCAAAUCCAGACGUGACUGCCUCUUCGUCCUCUACGCUGCCCGACGAUUUCCGCUUCUGCUACGCAGGCCUGUCGGGCACCUUCACGCCCCUCCAUCGGGACGUGUAUACCAGCUAUUCCUGGAGCACCAACAUCGUCGGGCGUAAGCGCUGGACCCUCUACUCGCCCCAGCUGGCCCCGCUGCUACGGAGGGCGGAUGGGAGAGGUGCACCGCUGAGCGAGGGGGAGAGGCUGGAAUUAGAAGAGAGGAAGAGCGGGUGUAGGGGAGAGAGGGUAGAGGUAGUGCAGGAGGAAGGCGAAACAAUCUUCGUCCCCUCGAAUUGUUAUCAUGAAGUCUUCAAUCUGUCCGACUGCAUCUCUCUCAACCACAAUUGGUGCAACAGCGUCAACCUCCCGCGCAUGUACGACGCGAUGAAGGAGGAGAUGGGGGAGGUGCGGUACGCCUUGAGGGACGUGGAGGAGAUGUUGCGCACAGCAGGCCAAGGGGAGCGGGGAUCGCCAUGGCAAGUGGAGUUCUGGGGCCUCGUCGCAGAGGUAUCCCGCGCAGACGCUGGAUGGGACUGGGCGCAAUUCUGGGGGAUGGUACGCGACUGGACUGACAGACCCGGAUGUGAGGCGGAACUGCAGCCUGAUUGGGGAUCGUUCGUCCAGCUGCGACUGCGGGCUAUGUGUGAGGAUUUCAAGAGGCAGGAAGAGUGGUUGUGGCUGGAGGAGGGCGUGAGGGGAUGCGUGGCAGAGGUGGAGAGGCGAUGUACGGAGGGUGAUGAGGAGUAAUUGAAUGUAGAUAUGCAGAGCCACAAGAGCGAAGAAGGCAGGCAGGUAAGGGUGCAGAGCCAAUGUGACGAAGAAGCAUCUUUGCCGCUCAACAUCCGUCGUCAGGACCUCGAGCACAUUUG